AAAGAGACAAGGCACAAAAAACAGAUUCCACCCGGCACAGAAAGGGCGGUUAGCUCGCCCCUCCCUAGGCCGCGGAGCUAAACCUAAGGCGCCAGUACCGCCAGACGCCGACGCGCGUCGAUGACGUCACUCAAGGCGCCAUCUCCGAAAUCUGGUCACAGACCACUGUUGCCCGCUGGAGCAAGUCUGUUUGUGUACUGUGCCUACGUUGUUUCUUGGGCACAACGGAUUUUUCUAGCGGAAAGUUAGACAAGAAAGAGUCCUGGUGACUGAAAACUGCAGAACAAAACGAAGAAAGAGAAAGAAGAGUGGGGCCUGAAGGAGACGUCAUCAGAGCGCUCCGGAAGUGUUCCGAAGAUGAAGGAGGCUGUGAUUUACCAUGCAUUUUCUCACAAAGAAGCCAGAGAGCAUGAUGUGCAGGAGCUGGGAACCCAGCGGGCUGAGGCCUUUGUGAGGGCCUUCCUGAAGCGCACCAUCCCACACUUGAGCCAGCAAGACUGUGAGAGCCAUCUGCAGCGCAAGGCUAUGGUCUUGGAAUACUUCACUCGCCAGAAGCCAAAGCAGAGGAAGAAAUCCAAAGGCCUCUCUUCCAAACAGAGGAGAGACAUGAGGCUCUUUGACAUUAACCCAGAGCAACAGAGAUACAGUCUCUUCCUCCCUCUGCAUGAACUCUGGAAGCAGUACAUCCGUGACCUGUGUAACGGGCUCAAGCCAGACACGCAGCCGCAGAUGAUUCAAGCAAAGCCCCUUAAGGCAGAUCUUCAUGGUGCUAUUAUUUCAGUGACAAAAUCCAAGUGCCCCUCCUAUGUGGGGAUCACAGGAAUCCUCCUGCAGGAGACCAAGCAUGUCUUCAAGAUUAUCACCAAAGAAGACCGACUAAAAGUUAUCCCCAAGCUAAAUUGUGUGUUCACCAUAGAAAUUGAUGGCUUUACUUCCUACAUUUAUGGAAGCAAAUUCCAGCUUCGGUCAAGUGAGAGAUCCGCCAAGAAGUUCAAAGUAAAGGGAACAAUUGACCUGUGAACUCUUUGCUACUGGCGACAGAUGUCCCUGGCAGCUGAGAACUGGAAACACCUUUAAUACCCACUUUUCCAUGAAGCGCUUUCUGACUGUGUCCCGAGUCAAUUCCAGGAAAAGCAGAGUGGCUGAAGAACAUUGAACAACACAGGAGGAAGUCGGGGGUAGAGAUUUGUCUCUCCAGGGAGGAAAGACUAGCAGAAAAUACACCAGGACUAACCUUGGGUGAUUUGAAGAAAGUGGCUAUUGGGUUCUGUCUUUCAUACUUUCCUGUGUUUCUGGAACAUUCUGUGCUAAAUGAGUUCAGUUAAUAAUGAUAUAUAUUUGGACAUCUUAGUUCCAUUUUAGCUGCCAUAUUUGUAACCUUUCUACUGUGUAAGACCAGAUGAGGUCUUUCUGCACAUGGCCACUGGAACUACAGGUCAGGACCAGCAUUAAAAAUGGCUGGGGUGCAGCUACUCUGUGCUAGUA